ACAAGGGCUUGAUAAGGUUUGUUUUACAUAGAUUUAUUCCUACGUCAAAUGAGCGCUUCCUUCUUAGAAAAAUAUUUUCUCUAGGAGGUUGGGUGAGGAAGAUCGAUAACAGAUCCAUAGAUGGGGAAGACGCCUUCGUUUAAAGAAGAAUUCAAAUUCGAGGAGCGGUGCUACGAUUCCCGAGAUAUAAUCGCCAAAUAUCCUGAUCGACUCCCCGUGGUGGUUGAAAGGUAUUCAAAAACUGACCUCCCUGAGAUGGAAAAGAAAAAGUACCUGGUACCCCGAGACAUGUCUAUUGGGCAAUUAAUUCACAUCUUGAGUGGCAGGCUUCAUCUGUCUCCAGGAAAAGCUCUUUUUGUAUUUGUCCAGAAUACCUUACCACAAACAUCUAGUUUGAUGGAAACUGUCUAUGAAUCAUUCAAGGACGAGGAUGGGUUCCUCUAUAUGUGCUACAGCAGCGAGAAAACUUUUGGAAAUGCAAAUAGCCAGACACGUUGAUGCUGAUGCUGUCCUUUGUAGAUAAUUGAAAAUCUGCAUUUCCUUAUGGACUUUUAUGUAUCAUAAUGUAGCAUAUACGUGUGAGACAAAACUGUUUUACAUUAUCAAAUGUUCUGUACAUACUUUAAACAUCAGGGAUGUUUCAAGUUAUAUUUACACACAUCAAUCUCUUUUAUACCAAGGA